CCUCAGCUCCCCUCUGCUCCCCUCAGCUCCGCACCCGCACCGUCCCGUCCCGCCAAGCCAGCCAGCCAGCCAGAGAGACAGGGGCAGGGCAGGCAGCCGCGGAGCACGGGCUGUUAGGGAGCAAGAAUAAAGUCAGCCGAACACAGCAUCGGCCGCUUCCCGCUCCGCAGAAGUGAGGAGGCACCUCGGGGGCAACAUGACGGCGUGGCUGAGCUUCCUCGUUGUGUUCCUGUGCAGCUGGAGCCUGCGGGACUUGAUGGUGGAGGCUUGCACUUGCGUCCCCAUCCAUCCGCAGGACGCUUUCUGCAACUCCGACAUCGUGAUCCGAGCUAAAGUGGUGGGGAAGAAGCUCAUGAAAGAUGGACCCUUUGGAACCAUGCGAUACACGGUCAAGCAGAUGAAGAUGUACAGGGGCUUCCAGAUAAUGCCACAUGUUCAGUACAUCUACACAGAAGCCUCUGAGAGUCUUUGUGGAGUCAAGCUGGAGGUCAACAAGUACCAAUAUCUGAUUACAGGCCGGGUGUAUGAAGGGAAGGUUUACACUGGCCUGUGCAACUGGUAUGAGAAAUGGGACCGGCUGACUCUGUCCCAGCGCAAAGGACUGAACCACCGUUACCACCUGGGCUGUAGCUGCAAGAUUAGGCCCUGCUACUAUUUGCCCUGCUUUGCCACCUCCAAGAAUGAGUGCAUUUGGACAGACAUGCUCUCCAACUUCGGCCACUCAGGCUAUCAAGCAAAGCACUAUGCCUGCAUCCAGAGGGUGGAAGGCUACUGCAGCUGGUAUAGAGGAUGGGCACCUCCAGACAAAACGAUAAUCAACGCCACAGAUCCCUGAGCAGCUUUCCCUUUUCUUAUCUCCCCUCUCCCUUACUUGUGGCUGAUCUUCCUUUGGACACUAACUCUUACCAGAUCAGUGAUGAUGACAAUGAAAUUAGUGCCUAUUUUCAUGCAAAUUCUAGCACUUCGAACACUUAAAAAAGAAAAGGAAAAAAAAGGAAAGGAAAGAAAAAAGUCUGUGCUACCUUACUGAAUUUUUAAUCACCUUUUCCAUUUUUUGAUACCACUCAUUCUGAUCAGACAACAUAUGGGAGCUUACUUUUGCACACCAGAGGGAAAAAUGGGAGGGAAAAAAAAGGAAAAAAAUAAAAAAAGAUGGAGCUCUUGCUCUGUUACAUGUAUCAUUAGCUGUAGCAAUAUAAUCUCUAUUUUUUUAGGAAAACAAAAAUCUAAAAACUGUGCCAAUUAGGCACUGUAUUCUUCUAUGCGCUGGCUUCCCAUCACCCCUCCUCACGCACUAAGUGCUGAAAAUACAUAGAAAAACCUAUUUUAAGGGAAACAGAUUUCAUUAAUCAGAUUAAUCAGGCAAAUGAAGGAAAAUGAAAAGAAACCCAGCCUAAACUAUGGACAAAAUGACAUCCAAAAGAAAUCCUCCUCUCUGGGAGAGAUUGGCAAUGUGAUUGACUCCAGCAAUGGGAGACUACCUGGUGUGUCUGACCACAUCAUCUGGUAAAAACAUUGUUGACUGACUGUCCUUGCUAAUUCAGUCACAGUGUGAAUGCAACAGCACAUUUGAAGUUCUGGCUUUACCCAGAACAACAGAGAGUAUUUUGUAUUCUUGUUGUUGUUUCAAAAACAAAAACCCCAUCCCCUAUUUUCAGGGAGGUAAAUGCAACUACAGCAGAGCAUAAGAAGGGUUGUCCCAUCCUGUUUUGAGCAGCAUUGGCCCCUGAAAUUUUUGCAGCUUAGCUUCAACAGGAAAACCAGCUUGUGAACACCUAAAACCAAACAGAUGCAACAAUAACAACUGUAAAUCAGUCAUUUGCAAGAGGGAAAGGGGAGACUUGCUAGAACUCAUAUUAUUAAAAAAAAUAUUGCCAAAAUAGCAUUUUGCUGAACUAAGAUGUAUAUACACAUAAUGACAUAAGCUAUUUUUGACAGGAUGUGGAAUUUUUUUGGUGUUAUAAACAAAAGAACGGUUUGAUUGUGUUUUAAAGACAGAAAUAUUGACAUUCCGAGUUGGUGAGUCGCUUUUAAGAUAUUGAAGCUCCAGUGUAUCUGCAGUAGUGGCUACAGUCAUUGUUUCCUCUGUAACUCCUUGCACCAGGGUUCCUUCCCCUGCAGCUACAAUAGCUGCGUUUGUUUAUAUGGUGAAAGGAAGUGUGUGUGUGGGCUAGGCAAGGAAAAGUGGUCUUCUAAUAAGUGUUGUCUGGGAUCAUAAAAUUUUCAGCUGCCCGGAGGAUUCCUUCUGUGUCAAGUGCUGUGUUUCCCCCUAGGCACUGUUAAGCAUAGCCCUGUGCAUGUGCUCAUACCAUGUCCUGCAGUCAUGUGGGAGGAGAAGCCUUACUGUCUUGUGCUUUGCUGUUGACUGGAGAAGUUUUUUUCAUUAUAUUUUGGUUUUUUAUUAUUAAGAAAACUAUAAUAUAAUUUUUCUUAUCAAAUAAAAGUAUUUUAAGUUUUAAUGAUGGUGAAGAAGGGGUGCUGACAAAAUGGGUGACCUAAGUUUUGGAUGGGGAGGGCUUGGGCAGGGAGAAGAUUGUGCUUAACUUCAUUUUUGUAUUAUUAUGAUUAUUUAUCUUAAGUUUUGAUAUAUCUUCCAUUCAUUCCACUUAGAAAGCAGAGCUGCCAUGAGCAGGAAAAAUUACUGGAGAGUUGUUUAAGACCACUUUGCCAAAUGGAAAAGAAUGGGUGUCUGAGAUGGUCCCUGAUGUGUUUUUAAGUUCCUUGCAUGCUACCAGAGCUCUGCCAGAUGUACGCCCUCUGAAACACCCCAUUUGCUGGAUGACUUGUUGCAGCAAAAAGCUUCAUUUUUAGCAUGAACUUUGAAGGGCAUUUUCACAGAAUUGCUGUAAGAAGUGCCCAGGUCUGCCACAUAUAUUUUUUUUCCCCGGCAGCUCUGAGUGGCAAUGCAGCACAAAACACAUUAAAAGUCUAUUGGAUUUUCCUGUGAUUUAGAUUUGGAACAUUUCUCAGAAGUCCUCUUCCCUGUGACUACUCCUAAAUAAUGGGUUGGAGAUGAGAGGGAGAGUAGGGUGCUUCAUGUCACCUGUCACAGGACCAGGUGGUGGUUCAGAAAAUUGUUCCUUUUGGCAAAAUAUGGGUUUGGGCUUUGGAACAAUCUCUGUUUGAUUUUUGCAUGGCUGACAAAAUCUGUGAGGGUCACUGGGGGCAGAAUGGAGCCGCCCUCAGUGUCUGCAUUGUUUGGAAUCAGCAUUGCAGGAUGUGGCCCUCCUCAAGCUCAAGGUGACUUGGCAAAGCCAGUGUCUCUUUGAGCUGCAGCCACUUCUCACAGCUUUGGAAGGCUAAACAAUAAUGCCCCUUGAUGCAGUAAAGUGUUGAUCUGAAUUUUCAUUAAACUGCAGCUCUGCAUAUUUUACCUGCCACUGAUUCAUUUAGCUAGCUGAGACAUCACAGUACUGCACUCAAAUUAUUGUGAAAAUAUUUGCGUUCUAAUACUAUGAGGACUUGUGUCCCUACGUAGGAUAUAAUGUAGCUAUGUGCUUUGUAAACAACAAAACAGCAGAUGCAUUACCAGAAAGUGAAGCAUAUUCCCACUUUGUUUUGCAGACAGUAAAAUGUUUCUGAGAUGCAGACAGCUAGACUGGCAAGGGCAGAGGUUUGGUGGCAAAUCUUUGCCCUUGCUGUGUAAAGAAACAGUUGUUAAGGCUUUUCAAAAUGUGAAGCCAAAAGGAGGGGGAAGAAUCCAAUGAAAAUACAUUUCUUUUGGGAAGCUUCUUUAUUUUGUUUCUGUGGAUGCUAUCAGGGACAUGCAUUUCUUGGGCUUGUGCUUGCAUUAAGGACCUGCCUGAAGGCACUUCUGAAGUAGAAGCCAUUACAUGGAUUGAAGAGGCUCUAAAUUGGACUCAAAGACUUCUUCCUUUCUGCCAGCUCUCCUUUCUUCUGCCUUGCUAAGUCACUUCUGCCUGCCAAUGCAGAUGUCCAGGAUUACACACACAGUCCCUGCCACUAUGCUUUGGACACACAAACAUUAUUAAAAAUACUUUUAAAAGUGCAUAGCUAAUAUCUAGACUGAAGCUGUUCAGUUUCUUAUGCAUAUUUUUCCCCUUACUUGCUGUAGAGUGUUUUCCCCUUUAAUAUGACAAAAAUAGAUAUUGAAGGUUUGGGAAAGGUUAGAUUCUAUUUGCUUUUUCCAAAAUGGAGAGGGUAGAGAGUAGGAGGAGAUCUGUGCAUGGAGUUUCUUAAAUAAAGUCCUCUUGUGGGAGGCUUCUACCUCCCCUGUAUGGGAAAAAAUUUGCCAUUUUUAAGUCUCAAUUUCCCAUGUUUUGAAGAGCUAUGUGGCGCUUUAGGUAGGACUAUUCUAAAACAUAAAUCUAUCAUUGUAUCCCAUUUAUACUUGUCAGAGUGAAAUGCUGAUGGGAAACAUACUGUUGUGUUUUUAUAGUAAAGACUGUUGGAAAUAAAGGCCUCCAUGAGAACAAGUUUCUAUCCUUGCAGGUGUCUCUGAAAAUACUGCUCGCUUAUAAUGUGCUUUACAGCUUCAAAGGACAGAACAGAAUUUAGGGAACUGCAAAAAGUUUUGUUUUUCUUUUAGAGUAAGUGACUUCUGGGGCUACCAGUCUUGAGAAAAAAACACAAAAAACCCACUAAACAUUUGCUGCUGUUUUGCUUGUACUGGCUUCUCCUUCUCUCUGACACUGUCCUUCCUUCAUAGAGCCACUCUGCUGUUCCUGAUAGUCAUGGAAACUUGGGGAGAGAAACAAACCCAUGUGAAAAAUCUUGUCCAGAAGGAAUGUAUUUGUUGCUAAAUUUUCUAGCACUGUUUACAGAUUUCCUCCAUGUUAUUUAUAAAUUUUAUAUUCAGUGAAUGUAUAUUGUCUUUUAAGGUAAUGUUGCAUAAUGUUCACUUUUUAUAGUGUCCUUUUAUUCUAAACAGUAAAGUGGUUUUAUUUCUAUCACAGACA